AUGUUACGUUCAGCUACGACCGGCGGUAUGGUCGGCCUGCCGCCGCCACCACACGCGAGGCUCUCGCUCUUCGAUUCGUGCCACCGGAAGAUCAGACUUAUCGGCGGUGGCCCCGUUGCUUUCCUCGGUGGUCUUGUCGCAGGACGUCUACCUACGAGUAUGAUAGCCUCCUUUGACCCUUAUUAUGUCAAAAAAAUAAUGAAAUGUGUUUUCGUUGUUAACAUUAAAGUGUCGCCUGAUGAGAUAGUGCGCUAUUGUGCGGUGUGCACCGAGUGCAUGAGCGCCGACGCGGAGAGCAGCGGUACAGUUGUAACGGGAUCAGCGCCGCACGGCCCCGAUACGCGGCGUGCGCCUUUCGUACCGCGCCGCGCCGCCUCGGAUAUCGCUCACUACUGUACUUGA